CUGCUGUCCGCUGAGAUUUUUCUAUGAUGUUAGAAGAUUGUUUUCUGAAUGAAUAUAAAGUAAGAUAAUACUAUAUUGUUAAUAAAUACCUUACAUCAUCGCCGCAUGAUCACCUGAACGGCGAUAUGGCUACCUACGAGGAAUUCAUUCAGCAAAACGAGGAUAGAGAUGGCAUACGAUUUACAUGGAACGUAUGGCCAUCGAGUAGAAUCGAAGCGACGAGACUGGUAGUUCCUUUGGCUUGUUUGUAUCAGCCGUUGAAGGAGCGGCCGGACUUGCCGCCCAUUCAGUAUGAACCAGUGCUCUGCACACGGAAUACCUGCAGGGCUAUACUUAAUCCAAUGUGUCAAGUGGAUUAUAGAGCUAAAUUAUGGGUUUGCAACUUUUGUUUCCAACGCAACCCAUUUCCACCACAAUAUGCUGCCAUAUCGGAGCAGCAUCAACCAGCUGAAUUGAUACCUAACUUCUCAACAAUAGAGUAUACAAUCACUCGUGCUCAAACAAUGCCCCCCAUUUUUCUUCUAGUAGUGGACACUUGUAUGGAUGAAGAGGAACUUGGGGCACUUAAAGACUCGCUGCAGACAUCUUUAAGUCUUAUGCCACAGAAUGCACUGGUUGGUCUUAUUACAUUUGGUCGCAUGGUGCAAAUCCAUGAACUAGGUACUGAUGGAAUAUCGAAAUGUUAUGUCUUCAAGGGAACAAAGGAUUUAUCAGCCAAGCAAAUUCAAGAACAGCUUGCUAUUGGCCGUGUCAAUGCUCCUAAUCCUCAACAGCGUCCUGGGGCACCUGCUACUCAGCCACCAGCCCACCGGUUCUUACAACCAGUGAAGCAAUGUGAUAUGGCCUUGACUGAUCUGCUUGGCGAACUAGGAAGGGAUCCAUGGCCCCUUGGAGUAGGAAAGAGGCCACUGCGAAGCAGUGGAGUAGCUCUUUCAUUGGCUGUUGGCCUCUUAGAAGUUACAUAUCCCAACACUGGAGCAAGGAUAAUGAUGUUCCUUGGUGGACCUUGCUCCCAAGGCCCUGGUCAAGUAGUCAAUGAUGAGCUGAAGCAGCCCAUCCGUUCUCAUCAUGAUAUACACAAAGACAAUGCCAAAUAUAUGAAGAAGGCUAUUAAGCAUUAUGAAACUCUGUCCUUGAGGUCAGCAACAAAUGGGCACUGCAUAGAUAUUUAUUCGUGUGCUUUGGACCAAACAGGACUUUUAGAAAUGAAACAAUGUUGUAAUUCAACAGGGGGUCAUAUGGUUAUGGGUGACUCAUUCAACUCUUCAUUGUUUAAACAAACAUUCCAAAGAGUCUUUGCUAAAGAUCAAAAAGGAGACUAUAAAAUGGCAUUUAAUGGAACUUUAGAAGUAAAAUGUUCCCGUGAAUUGAAAAUCUCUGGAGCAAUUGGUUCAUGUGUUUCACUGAAUGUGAAGGGUCCAUGUGUGUCUGACCAGGAAGUGGGCAUGGGCAACACAUGCCAAUGGAAAAUGUGCACCUUUACUCCAAGCACCACUAUGGGAAUAUUUUUUGAGGUUGUCAAUCAACACGCAGCGGUGCCUCAAGGCGGGCGCGGUUGCGUUCAACUUAUAACACAGUAUCAGCACUCUAGUGGACAGCGGCGCGUGAGAGUCACCACUGUCGCCAGGAAUUGGGGCGACGCGGCUGUCAACCUCCAUCAUAUAUCGGCCGGUUUCGACCAAGAAGCGGCGGCCGUAGUAAUGGCCCGCCUGGUGGUUUACCGGGCCGAGUUAGAAGACGGACCGGACGUACUUCGCUGGCUAGACAGGAUGCUCAUCCGUCUGUGUCAAAAGUUCGGCGAGUACGGUAAGGACGACCCGAACAGUUUCCGUCUGUCGGAGAACUUCAGCCUGUACCCGCAGUUCAUGUACCAUCUGCGCCGAUCGCAAUUCUUGCAGGUCUUCAACAACUCGCCUGAUGAGACCACUUUCUAUAGACAUAUGCUGAUGCGUGAGGACCUUACCCAGUCGUUAAUCAUGAUCCAACCGAUCCUGUACUCGUACAGUUUCGGAGGUCCCCCGGAACCCGUAUUGUUGGACACAUCUUCCAUUCAACCAGAUCGCAUCCUGCUCAUGGACACGUUCUUCCAGAUCCUCAUAUACCAUGGGGAGACAAUAGCGCAGUGGCGAGCGCUCCGCUACCAAGACAUGGCGGAGUAUGAGAGUUUCGCGCAGCUGUUGCGCGCGCCCAUAGACGAUGCGCAGGAGAUCCUACAAAGUCGGUUCCCUGUACCGCGUUAUAUUGACACAGAACAUGGAGGAUCACAGGCCCGCUUCCUGCUGUCUAAGGUGAACCCGUCACAGACCCACAACAACAUGUACGCGUAUGGAGGGGACGGUGGCGCCCCCGUGCUCACUGACGACGUUUCGCUGCAAGUGUUCAUGGAGCACCUCAAGAAGUUAGCCGUAUCAUCGACCGCUUAACAAACGAACGCGGAUGAUUCACGUCAUCCGGCACUCAUGUCUGAUUCCAAUAUUCCAAUAAUACUUUCAGUGUCCGCCCUAUCAGUAUUUCAAAUCGGCGAACCCCCACAAUUGCCCGAAGGUCGUUACCGUUCAUGCCGUGAAUGUAUCGCCGAUUUUCGAUUCAUCAUACCACUUUUCCCCAUCAGUCUAUUCUUACUGUCACGGUACACGCUGCCGAUGCUGUUUUAUAAGUGGUAAACUAGCUUCUAUAUGGGAAGAAUUAAGGUCGAUGUUUGUCUAAUCUUAUUAUUGGUUGUUUUAAGUGUGUACAGGUUGAUGGUAUAGUAAGCGGACGUUUUUGUUCACUCGUAGGUAAUAUCGAUUUAGUAUUAACUGUUACUAUAAUUUAUUAUAUCUUAUAUUGCAUGUUGCUCCAGUUAAAGUUCACAACAAGUAUAUAUGUAGACAGAACAUUAUACCAGAUCAGAAUUUUAUAUGUACGUUCAAUUUACUUUGAUAUACUGAGUCAUGUACAGUGUGUCAGUUAUGACAGAUAACAUGCAGAUAGGAACUAUUGUAAUUUUUAAUAAGGUGAUGUGCAAGCGCAUAUAAUUUCUUGUCCAUUUUUGUUUAGAGACAUUUUAGAACCGACUUAGAGAAGGUAUCUAAUAUGAAUUCAGAUAUUUUGACUUAGACUAAUGCCAAACAAUUAUGGCAAUCGCUCUGUACAUUUUUGUACGAUUUUUGCGGUUUACGUUUAUUUACGCAUUAUGUCCUUUCGCUUACUAUACUAAGGCCUUAUAAAUACAUUAUAUAAUGAUGUUUAUUCAUAAACUGGGUCUAAUUCUGGUAAGACUCAAAAUCUGAAACUAAAUUAUCAGCAUUAUAUCCUUAUCACGCUCUAAGGAGAAUGAAAACGAGUCUGUUGUCAAAUUUAAUUUUAAGUGUAGAGAAUCAGUAUUUGACCCAUUAUGUGUUUUAACUAAAAUAAUUGGUGUUGAUGUAUUGGAAUAAAAUCGAUGUCUUAAAUAUACUUAAUUAUCAGACAUUAGGUGCUGUAGGUGUGAAUCGACG